AUGUUUCCGAGAAUACAAGGACUGUUUCAUUCAGUAACGGACAAGCGGUCCCACAGCAACGAGUUCGGUGAAAACAGCGUGACAAUAGUCACCGAGAAGAAAAUAGAAGAUGACGCUUCCGACUCAUCGAGCGGAGAGAACGUUGAAAUUGAAGAUAAACCUCUCCCAAUCGUCGAGCCAGCACUUGACACUUCGGAUGUAGGUCACGCCGCCCAAUGCACUUGUCCAAACUGCGAUGAAGUACUAUCAAGAUUCUCAGAGUGCAGUAUAUGCUUGGAGCCAUUACAGUGCUGCGGUCCUUGCGUGUGCCCGUGGUGCGGUGGGGUUUGGUGCGGCCGGUGUUCAAGGAGGAUGUCUCGAUGCGCGUGGUGCCGUGGCAGCCUGCGGGCGCCCGCCGCGCCGUGCCUGGCCUUGCAACGCCUGAUCAACGACCUGAUGCUACCAUGCAGGAAUUACAGGCGCGGAUGCACAGAACUGCUCACGGCGACAACCAGGGCGAGGCAUGAGGAGGAGUGCAAGUUCGACACGAUGAUAUGCCCCAUCACGGCGACAUGCUGCUCGGUAGCGUUCGAGGAGCUAUCCGCCCACCUGCAGUCCCACCACAACAUCAUAGCGGUCUACUCGCAGAAGAUUAAAAUCCUCAUAGAGAACUUCCAGACGAAGCUCAAGAAGACCGCGUGCUGCAGGACGAAAUACAAAAUUAUCCUGCUCUACCAGAAGAGCGCCUUCAUCAUCAAAGUGUGCAUCUACAACUUCCACGUGAAAGUCGAAGUGAUGCGACGAAAGCUGGGCUAUAUCGCGGACGCGAAGUUAGAGACAAAGAAGAGUGAUUAUUGCGCCCUAAUAGAGUUUCAGAGCAAAGCUCUAUGCACGAAAUCUGCGAUACUGAUAGAAAAUGAAGUGUACAGCAAGAAGGCCGAAGUCCAAUGGAACGAUAUAAUCAUGAAGUCAGAUACUGACGAGGCGAUAACAAUCCACGUCAAUAUCGGAAAGUCAGAAGCCGAACACACGAAGAAAGAAUUGACGGAUUCA